AUGUUCAACCUUGAACGACAGAAGUCCAUCCAGACAAAUGGACACGUCCCCGGGUUGCAAAAGCCAGAACCAGGACCAAACCACAAGGUCAAACGUGAGCCUAACGACCGCAAUACGCCGCCACGGGUUGAACCUCUGGGCCAUGAUAAGUCUCCAGUAGACUCUCCAGGUCGAAAUCGGGCAAUCAGAUCACUCAAGGCAUACCUUGCGCGUAUUGUCCUGGGUGGGAUUGAAGAUGCAAGGGCUCUCAAUCCAGCAUUUCUCGACGAGAAGGAGGAUUCUCAUUUUCAGGACAUGGCUGUCGACUUAAUUACAGAUGGUUUGGUCGGUAGUUGGAUUGGUAUAUUGUCCAGUACUAUUUUGAUGGGUGUGAAUGAUAGGGUGGAUAGAUAA